AUGAGAUUCUUGUAUCUUCUUUCGGUUCUGGUGGUUAUUCACGUAGCACCGUUUGAACAAUACACCGAAUACUUCCGGUUCACCGGUGAAGGAAUUGCUUACAUCGAGGAUCCUGAUGUACCAAUGAAAAUUGGAAGCACCACCUACUAUUGGGAUGGACAUUUCAAGGCAACCAUCGGAAGACCAGUUCUUUGUGAAAUUAAAAUUGAUUCGUACGUCUGGCCGUUUGGAGACGUCCGAUAUGAAAAUGGAACGAAACCAAUCGCAUUGAACUACGCUUGUCCAGAAAAAUAUAACUGUGGAGUGAUGACUUGUCUAUCGGAUGAUAUAAGAUCCCCUUUGAUUAUUUCUGUAAUCAUUAUUCUCUGCGUGGUUGUCGGAAUUCUCAAUAUCUGCUACUGUUGUCGAAAAGUGGAAGAAGAAGAGUAUCUCGAAAUGGCAGAACGAAACGGAAUGGUUCUCUCUGCAAUUGAUGAAGAAGGCAUUGUUGAUGAUGGAGUUACCGAGAGUUUUAUAGAUGAGGAUUCCAAAGAGCACGUCUUCAUUCCACCAACGGAUCUCAUCGAUAGAGAUAUUCCAUAA